AUGUAUCUAUUGCGUGGAAAGAUCUAUGAGGCGUACGUCUCUGAAAUCUGUGCUUGUAUGAAAGAGUCCCUUACAACGAGCGAGCGAGCUCGCCAUUUCGCCAAAGUAAGGAACGCAAACAAAGAAAUACGAAACGAACAUUCCGAAGUAACCGCAUAUUUACCUACACAUAAUGAAUCAUUGGUUAUCGAUUUGCCACCGAGAUAUCAUCGAACCCGAGAAGUGUACUUGGCUUUAGGCAGCAAUAUUAUCUCUUUGGAAGACUGCCUUCCUCGCGUUCUCUCCGAUCGUUCACCAGAUUCCCGACUCUAUCCCUUUAAUAAUGGGGAAAUGGGACUAGCUAGCGAGAUCUUCCCCUGA